AUGAUGAGUAUGAUCAGAUUGAGGCAGUUGCGCUUCAUUUCUGUUACAUCACACCAUCAGCAAUGGAAUUCACGAAGUAUCAGCACCAAGACAGGAGGAUAUGAUGAAGAAUUCUCUCAUAUCAUCGUUGGAGCAGGGUCUGCAGGAUGUGUUCUGGCAAACCGUCUAUCUGCCCGACCUAGCAACAAUGUUUUACUUCUGGAAGCAGGACCUGGUGACAGCUCGUGGAAGAUUCAGAUGCCAGCAGCCCUAAUGUACCCCCUCGGUACUAAAACCUACAAUUGGUACUACCACACAGUUCCUCAACGGCAUCUCAAUAACAGGGAGAUGUACUGGCCAAGAGGUAAGGUUCUGGGUGGUUGUUCAUCUAUCAAUGGAAUGGUAUACGUAACAGGGCAUGCUGAAGAUUACGAUAGAUGGGAAAGAGAGGGCGCUAUUGGAUGGUCUCACUCAGAUUGUCUACCGUACUUUAAACGUGCAGAGUGUCAUGAACUUGGUGGAGACGACUACCGAGGGGGCGGUGGACCUCUUCAUAUAUCCCUUGGAAAAUCUCAAAACCCACUUUUCAAGGCAUUCGUCAAUGCAGGAAAAGAGUGCGGAUACCCAUAUACAUCUGACAUGAAUGGAUAUCAGCAGGAGGGGUUUGGAUAUAUGGAUAGAACAAUUCACAGGGGUAAACGCUGGAAUACAUCUAAUGCAUAUCUUUGGUUGGGGGAUGUCCGAAAAAGAAACAACCUAUCAAUUCGUUCACGAUCGCAAUGCGAUAGGGUUUUGUUUGAGGGAACCAAAGCAAUUGGUAUCGAGUACAUGUGUAACAAAAAAAAGAAAGUUUCCAGAGCGUCCCAAGAAGUAAUUCUGUGUGGAGGAACAGUGAAUUCACCGCAGCUGUUAAUGCUAUCCGGUGUAGGUAAUGCAGACGAGUUAAAAGAGCUAGGUAUUCCAGUAGUUGCUCACCUUCCCGGUGUUGGUCGGAACCUUCAAGAUCACUUGCAACUCUAUGUCCAAUAUACUUGUAUAAAGCCUGUUACGCUUUACAAAGCACAGUGGAAAUAUCCCGUUAACAUGGCGGCUAUAGGUCUUGAGUGGUUCAUGUUUAAUACUGGUCUUGCAGCCACCAAUCAUGUGGAUGCUGGAGCUUUCAUUAGGAGUCGUGCUGGAGUAAAACAUCCUGAUAUCCACAUGCAUUUCGUGCCGACAAUGACUCAUAAGCAUGGACAAAUACCGGGUCACUGCCAUGGUUUCCAAGUUCACGUCAAUACACUAAGACCAACCAGUCGAGGAUCUAUCAAACUUAAGUCACGUGAUCCCAAGGAGCAUCCCCUUAUUGAUCCCAAUUACCUUGCCACGGAGAGUGAUCGUGAGGAUCAGAGGGAAAGUAUCAAGCUCGUUCGAGAAAUAAUUGGACAGAGGCCACUCGAUGAGUUUAGAGGAGAUGAAGUCACACCUGGAUCAUCGGCCCAAACUGAUUCUGAAAUUGAUGCUGUCCUUCGAGAGAAAGCUGAAUCAAUAUAUCAUCCAACCUCCACCUGCAAGAUGGGUUCUGAAGAUGAUCCAAUGGCUGUUGUAGACAGCAAUACCCGUGUCCUUGGCUUGGAGAAUCUUAGAGUUGUUGAUGCUUCCAUCAUGCCAAGCAUCACCAGUGCGAAUACUAAUGGCCCCACAAUUAUGAUUGCUGAGAAGGCAGCUGACAUCAUCCUUGGUAACAAACCACUUGAAAGAAUCAAUCUACCAGUAUGGAGACCUGCAUCUCUAGAAACCCAAAGAGAUGGACAACCUCUAGUCAUAGCCUGAUCACAUGAAUAAUAAUGCGUUUCUUGGCAUUGUGUAUUUUUCAAAGCUUUUUAGAAUUCAAAGGAAUAUUAAUCACCAGCAAUAUAUCGCAUUUUCCUCUACAUUCCAUCGAAACUCAAGACAACAUUGUGAUUCAAGUGAUGGAAUGAAUAAAAGCCAAAUAAAACUUAUUUGGUAAGAAGAUUUAGUACAUUCUUAGUGAGUGGGCUUAUGGUGAUAAUAACAAUGAUGUUAAAGAUAUAAUAAUAACAAUAGCAUCUCUUAUCCAGGGCAGCCACUUCGCAUAACAUGAUAUAUCAUAAAUAGGCACACCUUCUCAAUUUUAAAAUACCGAUCACCUGGCUAGAAGGCAGAGAGUCGCAUUUUUAUAAAGUUAUAUUUUCGUCAUGGCUAGGUAGGGGAUUAAACUUAAGUUCCCUCCUCCACGAGGCUAACAAUUGAGCGAUGUUUUACAACAUACCUUGCUCAAAUGAUAAAUGCUAAGUAGAAACCAUGGGUACGGUUUCCGCGAACAGGAAAUAUUGAGAAAAAAAAAGGAAAUGGGGAAAAGGAGGAAGGAAAAGGGUAAAAUAGAUUAAUGAUUUAAAUACUAUGUCAAAAUAUAUCAACACUUACAUUUUCAUUUUCUAUGCUAACUUGUGACUUUUUUCAAAUUUCUUUUUCCCCCACAGUUGGGCGUUUUAUUCAAUAAGACUUCAGUUUACAUGUACAUUUGUUUUCAUAGUCAAUGCACAAAAAUAAUCAGCUAGUGAUUGUUUAACAGUAAUACAACAAUAAAUAAUAAUAUAAAUUUUGUCAUGAAAUGAGUCAUUAUCAGUAUAUACAAUAACAAACAAACACAUAAUUACAAUUUAUGUAGAGAACCAGAAUAAAGAUGCAAAACCGUAUUGAAUAAACCGAUUACAAAUCUUUUCGACAUUAGUCGAAAAGAUUAAUGAAAUCUGACCAACAUUUUUCGAAAGAUCUCGCUUCAUAUUUUCACAUGACAUAGCUUUCUCGUACCAAAAUAUAAUUCUUAACCUCGUUGAGGAUUUCUUUGUGGCAUAAGGCGAAUUCCAGCCAAUUAAAUUUUAUAUAUCAUCCAUUUUGCCCAAAUGGUAAGUGUAUUUAAGGCUCUACUAUACUCAAUGGGAGUAAUUCCAAAAAGAACAUUUUCUAUACAUGAAGUCAAUUUUAAUACUAAUUUGCAUCUCUCAAACAAUCUCAUGUCAAGUGGCAUUCAAAGAACAGAUGUUCAAUAGUUUCGUAAUGGAAGGAACAGAAUGUACAUGUAUUACUUGAUUUAGCCUAGAUUCUGCACAAAUACAAAUUUGUUGGAAUAGUACAAUUAACUAAGCAGUAUUGAAACCACCUGAUUGUAACAUUUUGCAUCAAAUUAUUGAAACGGUAUAGAAUUAAAACAACGCCAUUUCUCUAGUGAAACUUGUUCUCGGAUUUUCUCUUCCCAUCUUUCUUUUAUUUAAAAGUUAUUCGAUAUCUUUCUUUCACCAUUGGCAUGCGAAUACUUUUACACCCUUUACUUUGUUUCAUUAAAAUACUAAUGACAUGUGAUGGUCUUGGUUGAGUUGUUAACUAUCUAUUUGUCAUAUAUCCACGUUUCACAAUCUCUUUACUAUGUUUAUCACUCCAUUCGCGUUUUACUAUCCCUUUAUCAUGUUUACCAUUCAACUCGAAUUUACAUUCUCUCUGUAAACUAAAACACAUUUAAAACAAAGAGAAAUGCAUUGUCAAAGUGCCACUCCGUACCCCUUAGAAAGACACACCCCCCGAUAGUAUUAUCAAUAUGUUGCUUAUCGAUAUGUUUAUAUGGCUUGGAUGAUCAUGAUGAUAUUGAAUGUUUAAUUUGACAAUGCAAAGUGCAGUAUAAUGCAGUAAAAAUAAAUAAGAUCUGUCUGUAUACCUUGAUCUUCGUACUUCUCUCCCGUCAGACGUCAGACAUGUCAAAUCAAUCUAAUUUGAUAAGUCAGUAAUUGAAGUGAAUCAAUCUAUGAAGUUGUAGUUACAUAUAUAAUACAGUAUUACAGAGAGAGGUAGAGAGAGAGAAUUUAGAGCCAGACAGAAUGAUUGAUAAGGGGAUGGGAAUCUGGGAAUGCUUGCGUGCUUGUGAGCGCGUAACUCGGUGGGAAAAAUAAUUUCGCGUCCCGGGGGGGGGGGGGGGGGACACUCAGUAUAUAAUGCAUAGUGGGUAUGUGCCGCGGAGGGGACCCCCAUUUUUAAAUUCAAAUUUCCGUUCCAAGGCAAAGCAUUUUUGUCUUUUUGAGAAAAAGAACAAAGAAAGCCGCUCCAAGGCAUAGCAUUUCCUUCUUAUCGAG